GACUUUAUGAGCGCAAUACUGACCUCGUAAGUCCACGAGUAGAGUACGAAACAUGUGGCCUCAUUUCUUACAAGAAGCGAUCAUAUCGAAUCGGGUGACUUCACGGGAUACGAAUACCUCUCGUCAGUUAACGAACUGCCAGUAGACAGUUAAGAUGAAAGACGAAGAAAGACGGCCCUUGCUCCACAGGAGGCCAGACAGCAGUGCCUCACAGACGAACGAUGUAAAUAACCCCCCGGGGAAUCCGCGCAGCCCAGUAGACGAUGCGUCCCCAACGGACGCAGACAACCCUAGCGCGGUAAAUCCUCGGGUUCCCGGCGAGGACCCAAGCGGCAAUGCUGACGCAGGGUUGUCAACAUCUGGCGAAGAAGGAAGCUCGCCGAGUCCGUCCUCAGUGUUGCCCGUCCCCGGGCUUUUCUGUGGAGGAUGUCCCGACUCCACCCAGUUCAGUCGCUGGGGCGUUCUCUGCCUUCUUCUCAUCGCCUUCUUCCAAAUUGUAAUGACAAGAGAUUUCGGUGAGAUUCUAUCAGGCAAAGACGGUGUUAUCUAUAAUCUGACUGAACAAGAACAUAAUAUAGUCAAAGCUAUAUUCGGCGCCAUAAUAUACACACUUCCCAUCAUGGCUGGCCUCAUCUCAGACACAGUGCUCCCCCGACAGAAGGCGUUCAUCCUGGCCCUCCUAGUCAAACUUCUGGGUUCGUUAUUGAGUUUUGGGUCCCGAAUGGUAGUGUAUCGUAUGCAAGGUCAUCUGCCGGAGAAAUUGGUUCAAAUGUUACUCUGGGUGAAUAUCCUUGGUAUAGCAUUGAUGGUCGUUGCCAUCUGUUUCUUCCCGCUCUUUAUAUCUUUCGGGAGCCAGCAAGUUAACCUGGAGAAGAACGCUGUGUGUUCUUACCUUAGAUGGUUGUUGUUGACAGUAGCUCUCGGAGUGCUAACUGCCGCUGGAAUUAACAAGCUAAACAUCACCGAAGGUUUUCCCGGACUGACAUCUGUCGUCUGUGACGUCUUGUCUGUUGUUGUUUUCUUGGUCGCCAUUAGGAAAUACAACACAAUCUCAACUGAUGCAGGGCGUCGUCGGUUCAAAGAAUUCAUGCGGAUUCUGCGGGCACACGUGCCAUGUUUCUGCCAAAGGAGACGGUUCGACGAGGCGUACGACCCCUGGGGUAAUCCAGUACGGCUGCGCGAGAUCCAGGAGAAACGAGCGAUGGAUAGAUUUCAUCUAAAGAAAGGGGUCCUAUUGGUCGCCUUGUUGUCCUGCGGAGCAGUUGCUGCUAUCAUAUACUAUCUGAUAAACUACGCAGGAUAUUUAUCCUCCAAACUGUACGAUUCCAAAAUUACCAGGCAGAUUGUGGGAUAUAUCGAUAAUCUCGGCGGCUUUGUAAUCUUCGUCCUCUUGCUUUUACUGGAGGCGUUCACGCGAUGCAGCCAGAACUUGCGAAUAGCUAUCAAUGAUAACACGUUGAAGAAACUGGGUUUCGGUUCAAUAUUCGCGGCAUUCUCCUGCCUGCUGACAGGAAUCGUAUCGACGGGACAAUUGGUGGAAGGCCCCGAGAACGUCUCAAUAUAUUGGAUGUUGCCCGAGUUUAUCAUAUAUGGGGUAGGAGCAACUCUAACUCUAACUUCUGUAUUAGAGAUCGGUGUCUUUGAAAGCGGUCCUGGUUUGGCGACGUUUCUAUGCGGUCUUGGCGCAUCUCUUUCCUUCAUUUUUUUCACUGCACUCGGAAUCGUUUUUACCCUCAUUGAUUAUCGAACUAUCAAACGCUUUGACUACAUCUACUACGUGGCGUUUGGCGUGAUGGCGUUCACGCUCCUAGUCAUUUACAUCCCGGUGUCCGCAUGGUACACAGGUGUCAAGAGAAAGAUUUCAUCGCUUUCUUUAUCAAUGCAAGAAAGAGAAAAUGAUGCUGGAGCACCAAGUCAGGACAGGGGACAGGUUGAAAGCCAGGAGAGUUUCAGAGCCAGGGAGCUUGAUGCUGUUGUCAGCCAGGGGGCAGAUUGAAAGCCAGGAGUUUCAGAGCCAGGGAGUUUGAUGUUGUUGUCAGCCAUGGGGGCAGGUUGAAAGCCAGGAGUUUCAGAGCCAGGGAGCUUGAUGCUGUUGUCAGCCAGGGGGCAGAUUGAAAGCCAGGAGUUUCAGAGCCAGGGAGCUUGAUGCUGUUGUCAGCCAUAGGGGCAGGUUGAAAGCCAGGAGUUUCAGAGCCAGGGAGCUUGAUGCUGUUGUCAGCCAGGGGGCAGGUUGAAAGCCAGGAGUUUCAGAGCCAGGGAGCUUGAUGCUGUUGUCAGCCAUAGGGGCAGGUUGAAAGCCAGGAGUUUCAGAGCCAGGGAGUUUGAUGCUGUUGUCAGAUAGCACCAAUGUAGAUGUAUAGUAGGAACACAUCAUGUAAAUAAAUAUCGAGUUGAGAGCAGAGUGUCGAGUCACAAAAGUAAAGUUUGUUUAAUAUAGUGUUACCCCUAAUGAAAAGGCCAGCCAGCUUAUGAGACACUCUUUUCCUUCAAAGUCCUAUCUCUACAAUGACUUUAGGGAGAGCAAGUAGUUGGGAACAACAGGAAAUGUUAGUGGAAUAUUAGCAAGUUUAGGAAAAGACAACUUGAGGCAGAGGCUAGCUAGUAGCUCAGCAUCUUGAACAAUAAGAUAUCAACAAAACAACUCACGAGGUCAAUUUUUAAUUGGAUGUUUAUUUAACAUGGUUGAGAAGAUCAACAUAGCACUUUUAUGCAAUAUAUAUAAUGUAUUCAUUCAUACAAUACGCCUUCAUUGAACAGUUUACAAAUAUCCCUUGAAUGAAAGUCAUUAAGUCAAUACACGCUUGACAGGGUUCAUUGGAAAAUGUUUUAACAUCUCAUACGAGCACUACGAAUGGGUUCAGUUGUUAAGACAUCUGCCUCAAUGGGCUCAAUGGACAGAUUCUCCAAAGAGAACGGGAUAUUUGCCGGUCAUUUUUAGGGAGGCAGGAAUGAGGCAGUAAUGAGGCAGUUUUAACAGAAAAAUUUGAAUGUGUAUGCUGCAAUGGAAGCAGGUCUAUAGGCGAGGAUAGCUGUGAAGUCAGAGAAUAAGGCUUAAGCUGCAAAGUGCCAACAAAAUAUUCAUGAAUUAGUAUUUCAAAAGCAAUGCUUCUAUAUAGAGCUGUCCAGGCAAAACAGUGAAGAAAGUACACUGUACAUCCAUGUUUCAUGAGAAGUGGACACACACACACACAUAGGGGCAAUGUGUAUGUCACAAUCAUAUCUAAACUACCUGGGCAGCAGCACUAUUUCUUACAUAGUGGUCAUCUUGAAAAGUGCCUCCCAGAACAUGAUCUACUUUUCCAGGUUCCUGUGUCUGAACAAAGUAAUGCAACCUUUGUAGUUUUCUAACAAGUGUAUGAGACAAGGCUCACUAACUGCUGUAUAUCUGCUAUCAUAAUUAACCAGAAGAAACAUCAACACAUUUCGCUGA